AUGGCGUCAAGAGAAGACCACGGCGCCUCCCGUCGACAUCGAGACCGCAACGGCGAUGCUUCCAGACGCGACCGAGAUGAGAGCCGAGAACGGCGGAGACACCGCGACCGACGCUCUCGAAGCCCCGACGAUCCUUCCCGGAGGCCUCGCAGCCGUGAGAGAGACCGAGGACACAGACGGCACCGUGAUCGUAGUCGCGACCACGACCGCGACCGCACACGCAGACGCUCGCCUGAAGAGACAGACAGCCGACGCCGCCGACGCAGAGACCCGUCUGACGAUGAAGACCCGGAGCGUGAGGGCCGCGCGCUGGCUCGGCAUCGACAACACAAUAGCCCUCCUAUGAAGAGGUCCGGGCCGCUGCCAUCCCAGCAAGAGUCUUUCGCGGUCACCACUCAAGGGGGCGGAGACCCCGAAAAGCCAAAGGAGAAGCCUAAUAUCGGAACCACUGGCCGGUUGGCUGCCCUGUCCAAUUCGGUGGCCCAGGCGGACGGCUCGACAAUCGUGCUCAAGUACCACGAGCCGGCAGAGGCGCGGAAACCGCCCCCGCGCGACCAGUGGAAGCUCUUUGUGUUCAAGGGCAAGGAGAUCGUCGACACCAUCGAACUGAGUGCGCGGAGUUGCUGGUUAGUGGGGAGAGAGUUGGCCGUUGUCGACCUCGCCGCAGAGCAUCCGAGCAUUAGCAAACAGCACGCUGUUAUCCAGUUCCGCUAUACUGAGAAAAGAAACGAGUUUGGCGACAAGAUUGGCAGGGUGAAGCCGUACCUGAUCGACUUACAGAGCGCCAAUGGGACCAAACUCAAUGAUGAAAAGGUGCCCGAGAGCAGGUACCUCGAACUCAGAGACAAGGACAUUCUUAUGUUUGGACACAGCUCACGGGAAUAUGUCGUCAUGCUUGCUCCUCAAGAUUAG